GGCACGUUUUGAAAAUAGCUAUUUCUAUCCUCAUUUGAUUUUCCUAUGUCUUUGCAGGAAAUGUUUAUCGCGAUAGUAGGAAGUGCUUACUAUGUUGCCCCUGAAGUUCUACGUAGGAGAUAUGGGAAAGAAGCAGACGUUUGGAGUGCUGGAGUUACGUUGUACAUUUUGCUCAGUGGUGUCCCUCCAUUUUGGGCAGAAACAGAGAAGGGGAUAUUUGAUGCUAUAUUGCAAGGCGAAACUGACUUCGAAAGUAAACCAUGGCCAAAUAUAUCAAGCAGUGCUAAGGACUUGGUACGUAGGAUGCUUACAGCAGACCCAAAAAAGCGAAUUACUUCUGCUGAAGUUCUAGAGCACCCAUGGAUUAGAGAAGGUGGAAAUGCAUCAGACAAGCCAAUAGAUGUGCAGUCCUUUCUAGGAUGA